AACGGGGAGUCUUAUCAAAUAUGUCAAACAUUAUACGCUUCGAAACCUUCUUGCGUAUACCCAGCUUCUUUUAUCGCAGCGUUGGCGUUGACCUAUGGAACACUAAUAGCGGUCCGCUACAGAGUGCAGUCUUCUACAUCAGCUUGUUUAAUGUUAAUGUCUGGCUACUUUCGGAGUUGAUCUUUGCAGUUUUAAUGUUCACUAAGAACUUCAUACAGGCAACCAUGACGCUCUCAUAUGCCGGUUUUGUGCUCGUCGGCUCCAUAAAAAUGUACUUUAUGUGGCGUAAGAAAGCAGAGAUGACACGCUUCCUGCAACUCAUGAACACCAUCUUUCCACGCACAGAAUCGCAGCAGAAAAUGAUGAACUUGCGAAGCCACUUGCGUCAAUGUACGAUUGUAAUGAGCGCCUUUGCACUGAUCUUCAUGAUACUGAUUUGGACCUACAAUCUCUAUCCGUAUAUGCAACGGCAAAUCUACGAUCGUUGGUUGCAAGUGCGCAUCGUCAACAAAACACUGCCCUAUGAGAGCUAUAUACCUUGGAAUUGGCAUGGUCAUUGGACUUUCUAUCUUUAUUACACCUUGCAAAGCAUCGCCGGCUAUCAUUCGGCAUCGGGACAGAUUGCUAGUGAUUUGGUGUUAUGUGCCAUGGCGACGCAAAUUAUUAUGCAUUAUGAGUACGUUGCACAGCGGAUCGCUGAGUAUCAGCCGCAAGCUUUGAGAGCGCCGAGACUUGAUGGGAUGGAGAGCGAGACAUACCGCAAGGAUAUGAAGUUUCUCUGCGACAUAAUUGGUUAUCACGCCAAUGUUUUGAGUUUAUCGGACAUCAUGAAUGAGGUAUUAGGUGUGCCACUUUUGGUGAAUUUUAUGACUUCGUCAUUUGUAAUUUGCUUUGUCGGCUUUCAAAUGACUAUGGGCGCCGAACCGGACUAUAUGGUUAAGCUAUUCCUUUUUCUCUUUUCAUCGCUGAUUCAAAUCUAUUUAAUUUGUCAUUACGGUCAGCAGCUGAUCGAUGCGAGUAACAACGUAUCUCGAGCCGUUUACAAUCACGGUUGGGUCCAUUCGCAUGUCCAUUAUCAACGUAUGCUGGUGUUAGUGACCGCACGAGCUCAAAAGCCAGCAAUGUUAAAGGCUACAAGCUUUGUACGUAUCUCUCGUGGCACUUUAACUGAUAUAAUGCAAAUUUCCUAUAAAUUCUUCACACUCGUCCGCACAAUGUACAGUAAUUAAAGUCAUUGUUGUUGCGAAUGCUACUGCUGCUUUCGUUGUUGUUGCUGCGGUUUUUGUUAUUUGAACGUGUUUGUAACUGUAUGUAAAUGAUGGCCACAGCUGUUCGCAUGACAAAUUAGGAAUUCAAUAUGCAUUCGGAAUAUUAGCAUUUGUACUCCGCCUGGAAUACCAGCGACACAUGCAAAUUUAAUGAAAUUUUAAUUAAAACCAACCGUGACUGAAGUGUAAACAGAAUGUAUAAAUUAUGAACUGCAAUUAAA